GCAUCAAUGAUAUCAGAACCAAAUGGACCAUUUGUUAAUUUAUCACGGCUUAAUAUUGAUAAAUAUGCUGCUGACCCACAAAUUAAUCGAAAUCUCUUCGAAUAUGUUUUCUAUCAUGAAGGUGAUAUGAAAGUAGCACAUCAGAUCGCAAUAAUUGCAGCAAAAAAUACCAAUAAUGCGGAUUGGUAUUGGAAGAAUCAACUCGGGAAAAGUUGUUAUCGAUUGGGAAUGUUUAACGAUGCAUUAAAACAAUUUCAAUCUUCAUUAAAUUGUCAACAAAUGGUGGAAACAUAUGCCUAUUUAGCUAAAACAUAUUGUCGAAUUGAUCAACCAUUGAUGGCUAUCGGUCAUUAUAAUUCUGGUUUACAAAUAUUUCGCAACGAUAUAACUUUAUUAAUUGGUUUAGCGCGAGUUCAAGAGCACCUUGGAGAUGUUGAAAAUUGUAUAAAAGCAUAUAAAUUAGUGUUAGAGCAAGAUCCAACAAAUAUCGAAGCAAUUGCAUGCAUUGCAACCAAUUAUUUUUAUAAUGAUCAACCAGAAAUUGCUCUUCGCUACUACAGACGUAUCUUACAAGUGGGUGUCAACAGUGCAGAACUAUUUAUGAAUCUUGGCUUAUGUUGCUUUUUCUGUCAACAAUUUGAUCUUGCAUUAUCGUGUAUUGAACGAGCGCAAGCAUUAGCUAAUGAUGAGAUUAUUGCCGAUAUUUGGUAUAAUACCGGAAAUGUUUUUCUAUCAUCCGGUGAUGUCAAGAUGGCAUCGCGAUGUUUUCGACUAGCAAUGGCAGCAGAUCCAAAUCAUGCAGAAAGUGUAUGCAAUUUUGCUAUCCUACAAAUGCGUGACGGGAAAAUAGAUCAGAGUCGAUCGAUGUUCCGUUCAGCAAUCGAAAAAGGACCACAUUUAUUUGAGCCAUGUUAUAAUCUUGCUUUACUUACUUAUCAAAUAGGACAAUUUGAUGAGAGUCGAAGAAUGGUACUGAAAGCAUUAGAGCUAUACCCCGAGCAUGUCCAUUCGAAGACAAUUCUUGGCCAUAUCGAACAAAUGUUUCAUGUAUAA